ACAACUACAGAACAUUAUCACACGUAGUUACAGGGACAGAACACCGUACAUCUGACAACCGAUGCUUCGUUUGUGUCUUGGAGUGAGAAUUUAAUUCAAAUAGUUAUCUUACAGACAUCGAGAAAUUGAUUGGAAGCUGAUUGUGACCUGUGAUGUCAUUGGUGACCUGAUUUUACCUUCUUAGAGUAAUGAUAUGCUGCAUCAGCCCUGGCUUGAUGACACUGGGACGUAUAGCAUACAUCAGUUGACUGUGGACUAACUGCCGUAACACACGCUGGGAUUAUCACUGUGUAGUAACAGGUUGUCUCUCACAAGGGAUGGAUCUCACUGUGCCACAUUGUUGUUGACUGAAUGUGAUACAAGCACACUAUGGCUUCCUAUCCAGAGAGCAGACUACCACAACCUGGACGUGAGAAGAGGCGUUCCUUUCUACCCGCACCGUCUAGAAGUUCCAUCCUACCCACCGUUAAUGCCACGUCUCGGGCAGCCUCCCCAUCAAGAGUUGAAAAAUAUCGCGAAGCCUCCCCUUCAAGAGAUGACAAAGAUGUAAUUGUAACACAAAGCAUUAGUGUCGGGGACAGAGUUUGUAUUGGGGGUAUAAAACAUGGUACACUCAAAUACUUAGGUGAAGUGCAUUUAGCACCUGGGAUUUGGUGCGGAAUUGAACUUGAUGACCCUGAUGGAAAACAUGAUGGUGAGGUUGAAGGUCGACGUUACUUUUAUUGUCAUAGGGGUCAUGGUGUCUUUGCCCCUUUUGAUAAAGUUGAGCUUAUUGAACCCGUAGAGGUUCAGAUCAAACCUGCUGAAGUAUCGGAAAAUGUUUUGAAGAGGCGAUCACUGCCACGCCCAUUGACAGCUUUGCCAAAAUCAGCAUUACCAUCAGCCAGACCCCUUUCAGUCGGAUCUUUACCAGACGUAAGAAAACAGGUAGAAGCCGUAAAGGAUGAGAUCGAAGUGGAUCCUGUUGAGGCUUCAGUAGCAAAGGUUAAAGGGAGUGUGAUUCAACAAAAGACUCAGAUUGCAAAGAUAUCAGGUAUUCCACGAGUGGGCUUUGUCUCUGGUUUGCCAUCCACUCAGCUGAAACAACAAGAUAGUGGAUCAUCACCUGAAUUAAGAUAUGGCAAAGAUGGCUCACAGAAAGAUAUAAGAAGUAUUUUUGCCAGUUCCCAAAGUAAGAGUGUAGAGGAUGGUGGUGGUGAGAGAUUGGGGUCAACUGGUGAUAUAACAGAGGGAAUAAAGAGCACGUCUGCUCCAACAGAUCAGGUGGUUCUUAAACCACCGAAACCAUCACGUCUGCCUGGAGCGUCACGUCUGCCAACAAAAUUUUCCAGACUGGAAAGACCAUCUCCCACAGAGCCAAAGCCAGUCCCACUUGAUGUGGCUAAUCUGCAUGAAUCACCAUCUAAGCAGUUAUCAAAGACGGUUGAUGGUGCGUCUGGUGUAAACCAAACAUUUGAUGUUAGCAAGGAGGAGGACAUUCAGAAAGUGGUUGCUGAAACGCAGCCAACCAAUGGGCAGACUAGUGCUGAAGAGGCGGCAGAUUUAACACGGCAGCUUCGGUCAGAUAGUCGUCAAUUUUUUAACAUCACCUUUGAUGCUGAAAAUAACAGCAGCCUUUCACCACCCAGCUUGCCAGAUGUUGUGUCUUCUGCUUCCAUGUCUCCUGACUCUGUAGACGGCAGUCAGAGCGAGGUAGACAAAGACUCCACAAAUAAGGCAAACACAGAUGAGGCCAGUCUCGACCUCCUUGAUGAUGAAGCUAUGUGGGACAAUACUGAUCUUCUAGACGGACUGGACAGAGAAACCAACAUGGCUGAUGACAGGAUGACAGCCGAUACGUCAAACAGUUCGGUUGUGAAUGAAACUGCGUGUAUUGUUGCCUCUACACCUUUGCCAGUUGGGAAACGUAAGUUUUGUCAAGAUGAUGAAGAUGAUGAGGGACUGGUGAAUAAGACGAAUCUUUCUGGCAUUAAGGAUUUGUUUCCUAAACUGGGAGAGGGAAAUGUCAACACAAAUGCUACGUUCAAUGUUGACAGUUCUGAUAACAGCGCUGAUGUUACUCUAGAGGACAGGAGCUCUUUCAAAGUAGGAAGGUCUGGUGGUUCUUCAGGAGGCUCUCAGUUCGGGAAGUGUGAUCUUAUUGAUACUGUGGAAUCUUCUAAGAGACAAGAUGCUGGUGAACGCACCUUUCUUGUCGAGAAAGGAAUCACCGAUAUCUCGAUGCCUCUAACUGAAAUGGAUGAGGUUAGGGAGAUUGAGAAAACAGGAGUUGAGGAUAUUCUGGAAGGGAUGAGUAAAAGUGUGGUUAUGGAUUUAGAAAAAGCUCUGGAUGGCAAUGAGAAGUCCAUGACAGAUUCGGGAAUCAUGGAUCCGAUUAUAUUCAAUCGGAGAUCUUUAACAGAUUCUGGUGUUAUGCUCCUGACCCAGCAGGAAAACAGGAAAUCUUUGACAGAUUCUGGGAUUCUGGAUCUGAUGCAGAAAGAUAAAAAACCGAUGAUUGAUUCUGGAAUAUCAGAUGGGUCUAUGACUAGGAGUCAGCAGCUUGACCUUGAGGAUUCUGUGCGUCUGGAGGCUGACCUUCGGGCCGGACACAUGAAGAAGGAGAGACCGGUGUCACUCAUCUCUACCACCAGUGCAGAUACAGGCUAUGUACCAGACACUGACUCAGAAGCGGGGACCUUGACAACCAACUCCCCACUCGAAUGGAUGGAAAAGCAUGUUGGCAUCGGACCCACAUUGUCAUCAGUAGAAGAACAAGACGAUUCAUACAGGGAGUCCUUCACUGAAGGUCAAGAUUCCAGCAAGGAUUCAGUUGUGGUGAAGGAUUCCGAGUGCGACUCCGACAACUACAGUGACAUCGGUGCAGGUCGCAGCGACACCGACAUGGGCCGGAAGGAGACAGAUAUGGAUGAUGCCAGCCUACCAGUCCAAGAGUGUGAAGUCAGUGGAUUGUCUCCUAUUGCUUCAGACUCCAGCAGUUUAAAAGGGUCUACAGCACAGGCUGCAUCGCCAUCAAGUCUUGACUCAUCAUUGAUGGAGGACGAUCGAGCAGAAGCUGACCAGAUCCAUAAUUCGGUCAAGGGAGGUAAUCAGGACUCAUCACCUGAAAACACAUUGAAAGACCUGUCGGACACAUCUCCAGAUGCUGGGAUGAUGCCCAUUGAGGAAUCUGUGAUAUUAGGGGAGAUAACUGCAUCUAGUCAAGGGGAGAUAAGUGUGAGGGAAUCAAUGGAAACGGUCAAUGAAAGUGCUAGUCAAGAUGUGUUGGCAGGUUCUGCUGAUGCCAGUGUAAAUAUUGAUGAUUCUAUUCAGAAGGAGUGUUCAGGUGAAGGCAAACGUGCAAUAGAUUUGGAUGAAUCUGGUCAAGACGGAGCUAGUGCUUUGAAAACUCCAUCCAAGGGCAAAAGUGCAACCCCAGCAUCAAAGAAGAAAAGUGCUGAGAAAGUGAUUGAACAUAAGAAACCAAAUCUCAACGUGCGAUCAUCAUUAGCAGAUUACAUCCGAGCUCCGGUUCCAACAAAACCAAAGGACGAGAAAGGGGAAGACGUGAAACUGAAGAAAAAUGUGGUGAAUAAGAAACGUGCCGAUAAUAAAAAGACAGAUUUGGGGAAAUCACCUGAAAGUGCUGUUGUCAAAACUGAUGAAAACACUACAGAAUCAAAGAGAGUUAGACCCAAAGUUGAAAAGGAACCUCCAAAACUAAUCAAAAGGACUCCCCCUAAAAGCAAAUGGGAUAAUAUUAUGUCACAACUUGACAGUAGUAAAGUGCCUAAACCCAAACCUAAGUCAGAAAUAAAGAGUAAGCUGGAGAUGUAUCUUGCAACCCCAGUACCGGUGGCACCGAAGAAAGAAAAGGAGCCGAAAAAGGAAUCUAAACCGAGAACAAAACUGGUGUCGUCUCCGAAACCCGACUAUAGUAAAGUGAAGAGCAAGCUUAGCAUUUCCACUCCUCCUCCAUUGAAGAGGGAACAGUCGCCCGUGGGCAACAAAACCCAGAGAUUGAAGUCGCCACGACCUCUUUCCAGAUUGUCCAAUGGGAACAUUCACCUGGAUUUAUCAGAGUCGUUUGAGAACAGUGUGCACAGUUCCGCCCGGAGUAGUCGCACCGAUCUUAGUGUGGAUAUUAUUGAAAAUGUGCCAGAGUCUCCUAGCCAGUCAAAGGCAAGAACACCAAGGAAUUCUACAAAUCGUGUAUCCAGCAUUAAGACAGAUCGGCCACCCAGCGUUGCCAGCACACUGUCUGACACCUCUCAGGGAUCUGUUAAGGUUAAAAAUGCCAAGAAUAAGAAGACCGACCUGCCGAAACCGGAAACUCCUCGUAUCAAGAAGUACAGUAAUGUCAAGAGCUCCAUACCACCUCCAGCACCCAGGAAACCAGCUCCAUCUAAAACAUCUCAGAAAAAAUCACCGGAAACAUCUCACAAAGAUGUUUCUAAAACAUCCCCUAAGAAAAGUCUGAAUCAAAAUCGUAAUCGUACAGUUCGGACCCCAAGUAAGACCAGCAACCAUCUCAAAGGCAGUCAUCAGCCAGACCUCGUCUCCAACUCACUACGGUCCAGUUCGGAGAAGGAAAUCAGUCGUCUGGAAACAUUAUGCGAGUCUCGAACCAAGGAACUCAGUAUCAUCAGUAUGCAACUCAAAAACAGCACACAAGCUUUCGACGCCAUGUCCUGUCUUGUGAAAUACUUAACCCAGGAACUCGAUGCCUUCUCGUGUCCGUUCCUGGCUGAGGAACUGCAGAAAGCCAAGGAACAGCUUACAGAGGCAGAGGGACAUAUCGCCGAGUUGGAAAGCCACAAGUCCAGGCUAGAGCAGGAGAUCUCUGCUCUUACUCAAACCCAGGGUGCAUCUGCAGAGGAAGUAAGCAAACUUCAGCUGGAGAUUAAAUCUCUGAAUGAAACCCAUGAAAAGGCCAUAGCACUACUCAAAGAGGAGCAUGAAACGGCUAUUAAGGACAUGACUAAGGCGAAUGAGAAAGCAACGACUGAGUACAAGGCAAAGGCCAUGGACCACCAUGAGCACGUCAUCUCGUACAUGAAGGACUGUCAUGACAGAAACGUGUCGGACAUCAACCUUGACCACCAGCGAGCGAUCGACUCCUUGAGGCUGUCCCACUUGGAGGACAUCGAGAAACUGAGGACCAAACAUGACAAUCAGAUGGAAGAGUUGCACAAGCAACACAGGGACAAGCUUGAAGAUAUCACACACCGCUUUGAGAGCAUCAAGAUGACACUUGGGGAGAAGGUUGAGACUCUGAGGGGUGAGUGUGAGGACUUCCGACUGAGAGCCAAGAUAAGUGAGGAGGCCCUGCUCCGAGACUCGGAUGUCAAACUCCAGCUUGCCCUACAGCCAUUCCGCAACCUGCCAGCAGAGAUCGAGAGUCUAAAGCUGGUGAUUGAGAUGCGAAACCAAGAGGUCCAGAAGCUCCGCAAACAGAACAUGGAGCUGGAGAAACAGCUGGAGGAGCUCCCGAUCGCCAAGGAGAGGAUAGACUCACUUCAAAAGAAGUCCGAGAACCUCGAGGCCAUCAUCAAUAUCAAGACAGACCAUGAAAAACAACUCCAUGAGAAAUGCCAGAACCUGAUGCGGAAGUAUGACAAGGAGAGCAAGGCCAACAAGCGGCUGUCCAUGGACUAUGAACAGCUUAUGUGGAAGGUGGACCAGCAAGACUUCGGCUCCACCGAGAGCUUGUAUCGCCGCCAGCUGAGUAGGUCACCGCCUCGCAGCGAGUGCAGCUCACCUGAUCCAAUGAGGAAAGGCUUGUCACCGAUUACCAGCGAGAACGACUCGCCAUGCCGUCGGUCACACAAAUCUGCAUCAUCCAUGGGAGAUGAUUCCUUUGAGCGCAAAUUGAAACGCCGCUCAGCAACAUUUUUGUUAGAGAAGGAGAAGUCUUCCCCAUCAGCUAGCCCACAAGCUAAGCGUCUUUCUCCGAGUAGUUUUGAAAAUUCGCCCCCGAAAGUUAUGACUCAAUCUGCCCCUGGGGAACUUUCGUAUACUGUCUCCCCGGCGACAAGUUCACCAGCUGACUCAAGUUCCUAUUCUGUCUCACAGUCUAUGUCUCAUUCUAUGACUCAGUCAAUGACACAAUCUAUGACACAAUCUAUGACAGAUUCAGACAUUUUUGGCGAUUUUGAAUCUUCCGGAAUAGUUACAAAUGGACAUGAAAUCUCAGUGUCAGUCGUGUUGCCACCAGAAUCAGAAAUUGAACCCGAAGUUUUCGCUGUGAUUGAAGAGAAAGAGAAGAAUGAAGCAGUGAAGGAUGAGGUGGAAUCGAAAGCGUGAGCAAGGGGAGAUAACUGUGUUCAUUGAGAGGUGCUUCAGUGAAUGAAUGAAAUCCUGAAAUAUAAGUCUUUCAACUGUUGAUAUUUCUCAGUCUUGUGUCAAUGUCGUGAUUAUGAAAACCACUUAUUAAGACCACUUUUGCCUGAAAACUAUCUGAUCAUGUCAAGGCAAGGAAAGGGAGGUAACUCUUAGACAUCAGCUGAAUGUCAAAUUUGAAAUGAUUUAGGAAUGGCUCCUAAAUAUUGGGGGUCUUAGAAAUAAAGGUGUUUGUUUGAUAUAUCCAGUGUGCAAAGUAUUUGAAAAUAUCCAACGAUGGUCAUAGGAUUGUGAGUUUGUCUUCAAUGAAAUUCGAAUGGAAUAUGUCAGUAUGUCUCUAGAGUGUUGAAAUACAGAUUUUAUGUCAUUCCAUCUAUUUGAAUAUUUAAAUUACAACUACUAAUUGUAUAAUAUCUAUUUGACUAUUGUACUGUAUGUACGUGAUUUGUGCAAUAUUUGAUGUAGUGAUAGCAGCUUACUGUGGUUCAGAUUAAAAUAAGCUAUGUAGAAGAAGAUAUAAAAGUUAAUCUGUAGAAUAUUACUGUGGUGUAAACUUUGUAUUUAUGAAAUCUUGACCAUGUUAACAUGUUUUGGUGUCUCUUAAAGUGCAGUCUUGUUUUCAAAUUGCCCAUGUUUUGGGCGCAUGGCUGUUCAAAACUCUAAAUGUUACCAUGUUCUUUUUCAUAAUACCUUGUCAAGAAAAUUGAUGUACAAUUUGAAAAUUGAUUUGAGCAUAUUUCAAACUUUCUUAUGAUUCUGAUGUAUUUGCCUUUGCCUUAAUGAAAUUCAACUUUUCCGUAUGCUACCAUGUAUUAAUUGUCAAUGAACCUUGAAAGUUCUGAAAGAUAUGAUUUGGGUAAACUCACGGUUGGAUUGUGCUGAUGCAUUGAAAUUAGGGGAUGAAGCAUUUCUAUUCAAUUGGCAUAUUUUACCUUCUUGCAUUUAACAACCUCUUUCAAGUACUUUCUCCCCAUUUCUACCUCAUAUUGGAUGUGUUUACUAGCUAAGUGUCACAGUUCUGUUGAAUAUUGUCACACACCUGCUUUUGUCAAUAUGUUACAGAGGAAUUAAUCAUGGUAAAUUCAUACAAAUUAUUUGUCAUGAUUUUUUUCAUAAAUUCAAACAUUGUCUGCUGAAUGUGACAAAAAUCACUAGUCAGUGUAGUUUUUAAAAUGACAUGAUCUAAGGGAGUUAACUCCACAUGUGAUGUAGGACAGUAAGGUCAGUGAAGUGCAUAGUGAAUCUAUUCAGCAAUAGAUUUGAGAAAAUAAAUUUGUAUUGAGCUCUACUGUUGUAAUGUGUCGGUAAAUUCAGACUCUUUAUAUUCAUAUCAUAAUAUUGUAGAGGUCACUACGUUUCCACUUUUUCGUUGACAUAUCAAUUUCCUGUGUUUUAUGGGUGUGUAUAGAAUAGGUCAUUUAUGCGAUUGUUAAUACAAUCUCAAACUUGUAAUAAGUUUUCAUAACUUGUUCAUAUGCAAAUUAAUCUGUUGACAAAUAGUUUCAAAAUUGAUUUGAAUUUAAAAUUGUAUGCAAAAUUAAUUGGUUUUCAGUGUUAGUUGUAAAUACGUUGAUUACACUGCCACCAAAUUUCAUAUUGCUGUUCAUGGCAACUACUUGAUAAAUUUAAGUGAUCAUGAUUUGCUGUAGUUCAUUUGCAAUUAAAUUGCAGUUUUCAUCCAUGGUGUAUUAAUACAGCGUACAAGUUGUAGUCACGUUUGAUUUGAUGUAUGUAUUUGUGUGCGACAUGAAGGUUACAGUCAGGUUGUUCGUUUGUUCAUUAAACCAUUGUUUACAAAUAUGUAAGUGCUAAGACAAUUUUGUGUUAGAGGGUCCUGUUAUUUUCCUCUUCAAGACGAGGCAGUAACAGAGUAUGAGAGAGCAUUAGAGUGAAGAUUUAGUUGUGAUUCUAUUUGUUUAAUAGAAUGAGAACCGCACAAUGAAUUUGCUUGUUUAACAGUUUUCUUUGGUCAAUAUGCACACAUUUAAGAUGUAGGAGGCAAGAAUAAAUAUGUAAGGACACACCACAAGUUUUAACAAAAAAUAAAAAGCAAAAAGAUGUUUUGUAAAAAUUACCAAUAUUUUAAAUUACAACAUUUUAAUUCAUUUUGUCAGACUUUAGCAAAGUUAGGAGAUUACUUGUUUGUAAAUAAGAAAAUUAAUCGUAUUGGCCUACCAGGGUUUUUCCUUAGCCAGCAAACAAGCUAUAUAUCCUAAAUUUUCCCCAAAAUUGUCCAAGACAAAUUAUUCAUAGUGAUAAUUUUCCUGUUACAAAUCCUAUUUCAAAAUAUUGUAUGGCACAGAUUUUUGUGACAUUGGAAUCAUGUGCUAUUUAUAUUCUGUUUUACAUGAACUGAUAAUCAAAAUUUGUUUGUCAAUAUUUGUACAUUCUUCAACAAUUUCUAAGUAAAUAAAAGUGGCAUUUUAUGACGACACAUUCUCUUUGAUGGAAAGUACUGAAAUGAGUGGUUAGUAACAAAUGUUUUAUGGCUAUAGUUCAAUCAAUAUAACAUAUGUCUGUUAAUGAAAUGAGUUAUAAAGUGAUAUGGCAGAUCCAUGGAAUAUAGCUUACACAUUAGUCCAUGGUUAAAGAGGAUGAACCACAAAUUUUAGGAGUACGGUGUUAUUUCCUUUUUGUAUAAAACAUUGAAGUUGAUUAUAUCAACAUGGUCUCUCAGUGUUCAGAAAAAUCAGGAUUUCUCACCUGAGUAUUAUGUGAGAACUAGAAUACCCUUCUCUGAUGUGAGUGCAGGAUCCUCAUCAUUCCACUGGGGUGGAGGGGCAGCCUAGUGGUUAAAGCGUUCUCUUGUCACGUCGAAGACCAGGGUUUGAUUCCCUACAUGGUGAAAAUGUGUGAAGCCCAUUUCUGGUAUCCCCUGCCAUGAUAUUGCUGGAAUAUUGCUAAAAGCGGCAUAAAACCAUACUUACUCACUCUACUCCCAUUGUGUGUUUUAACAGACAUUUGCUGUAUUGAUGAGAAUUAUGAUUUUCGAUUUUCAAAUUAUUGCUGAUUGUCAGUUCUGAUUUGUCUAAACCAUUUGGUCUGUUGUGUAAACCACACAUCUGACGUUAAACUAACAAGUAAUUGGUCCGGAUUCUGCAAUGACCAUUGGUUAAGAAUUUAGACUGACCUGAUUGGUGGAAAGCUUAUUGAAUGUUUAGAUCUGCCUCACUUGAUUGGUCAGAUGUCAGUCCUGCUAUGACCUGAUUGGUCAAAUGUUAGUGAUGCACAAAUCUGAUUGGUUGUAAAUGUUAGCACUGUCACAAGCAUCAUCUUUGUCUGGUGUUGUGCAUGAUAAUAUGAGUAUGAAGAUGUAAUAAUAUGAUCUCUAGCCAGCAGGCAGCAUUCUGUCGAUUAAACAUUAUGACAUAA